CUGUCAUGUGUUAGCAUGUUUCUGUAGCUGUUUUCUCAUUAAAUAAUGGAAAUAGAAGAAUUUAGGUGUGUUGAAUGUAACGAAAAAGCCACAGAACUUCACCGGGAUUACAGUAACGGGAUUCUGAAGAUUACAAUCUGUGAUUCGUGCCACAAACCGGUGGACAAAUACAUCGAGUAUGAUCCGGUCAUCAUCCUCAUCGAUGCUCUGCUGUGCAAGACUCAGGCUUUCAGACACAUCCUGUUCAACACCAAGCUCAAUAUCCACUGGAAGCUGUGUGUGUUCUGCCUGCUGUGUGAAGCCUACCUGCGGUGGUCUCGGCUGCACGGCUCGGAGCAGAGCAGCGACCCGGCGGACUUCAUCCGCUACACCAAGGAGUGGGAGUUCUACGGCAUGUUCGGGACGGCGGCGCUCGAGCUGGCGGCGUUCUGCGGCGGCGUGCUGUGCUUCCUGUGGGCGGCGCUGUGCGGCCUGCGGCGGCGCUCCGUGAGGCUCCGCCCACUCCUGCGAGCCCUGCUGCUCUCCUGCUACGGCAAAGUCCUGCUGAUCCCGGCCGUCAUCUGGGAGCACGACUACUCCCCCAUCUGCAUCGCUCUCAUCGAGGUCUUCGUGCUCACGUCCAACUCCCAGGCCAUCAGAGUGACUCUGAACAGCAGCAGACGCCUGUCCCUGUCCGCCGUCUGUCUCGGCCUGCUGUCGGAGACGUGCGUCGCUCGGCUCUGCCGGACGUUUUCCUGGAGUUUCCUCGACGCGGCGACGGCGUCGGACUGAAGCUACAGUCGGACUCGGUCAGCUGGUACAACCGGCGCCGAUCAGAACACCGGCGCCGAACCGUUACACUCCUGAACUGACUCUGAUUUGAAAUGUAAAUUAUUCUGUUGAGAUCUGUGAUCCGUUUUGUUCUGUUUUAAUAAAACACA